AGGAGGAAGAAAACCCUUACAGAACCACCCACCACAACAGGACCAAGCAGCGUGGUAACGGGCAGCAGAAACAGCGGAAGACACAAGACUCUUGGAGGUGGGAGGAAAUCCUUGACAGGAGAGGACCCUGGGUAAAGCCAGGGGAGUGUCGCCGCUCCAAGGUGCAGCAGGAGAAGCAGCAGAGGAAGCGGCAGCAGGAGAAGCAACAGAAGCAGCAGCAGCAGAAAUGUCAGGAUUCCUGGACAUGGGAAGAUGUGUUGGAUGGCAAGGGUUGCUACACAUGGGAGGAGAUCCAGGCUGCCCGGUUCCACCAGUGCCAGGACCCCGCACCAGGCUGUCUCUCCGUCCCAUCAAUACACGUGCUCCCGCCUGUCCGGCGCUACCAGAGUAUCAGCCCCUCAGUCCAGAGGCGCCAGAGCUCCUCUGUCCAGCGCGCCAGAGCCUUCCCCUCUCCAGCACUGCCGGAGUCUCCCGCCUGUCCGGCGCAGCCAGAGCUUCCGCCCCUCAGUCCAGAGGCGCCAGAGCCCCUCAGUCUAGAGGCGCCAGAGCUCCUCUGUCCAGCGCUACCAGAGCCUUCCCCCUCUCCAGCGCUGCCGGAGUCUCCAGUCUGCCCAGCGCUGCCUGAGCUGUCCGUCUGCCCAGUGCCGCCUGAGCUGUCCGUCUGUCCAGAGCUGCUAGAGAGCGACUGGGUGACAUCAUAUAAGGUCCUUGUGAGCAACGACAGUCACACCUGGGUCACUCUGAAGAAUGGAUCACAAGACCUGAUCUUCAUUGGUAACAAGGAGAAAGAGAUCCCUGUGUUGAAUGUGUUUCCUGUGGCUGCCGUGGCUCGUUACAUCAGGGUCAACCCUCGUUCCUGGUUCAACCGUGGCAGCAUCUGUAUGAGAGUGGAGAUCCUGGGAUGUCCCAUGCCAGACUCACAGAACUAUUACCACAGACGGAAUGAGAUCACAACCACAGACAACCUGGACUUCAAACAUCACAACUACAAAGAGAUGAGGCAUCUGAUGAAGGUGGUUAAUGAGAUGUGCCCCAACAUCACAAGGAUCUAUAACAUCGGCAAGAGCCACAGCGGACAGAAACUCUACGCCAUCGAGAUCUCAGACAACCCCGGAGAGCAUGAACCAGGUGAACCAGAGUUCCGCUACACGGCCGGUUCCCAUGGUAACGAGGUGCUGGGCCGGGAGCUGCUCCUGCUGCUGAUGCAGUUCAUGUGUCAGGAGUACCUGUCGGGUAGCCCACGGAUACGUCACCUGGUGCACGAGACCAGGAUACACCUGCUCCCUUCCGUCAACCCCGACGGUUACGACAAAGCCCUUGAAGUGGGUUCAGAGCUGAGUGGCUGGUCCCUGGGUCGGUGGAGUGAGGACGGAGUAGACAUCCACCAUAACUUCCCUGACCUCAACUCCAUCCUGUGGGAGGCUGAAACAAAGAAAUGGAUCCCCAGGAAGAUGCUCAACCACCAUGUGCCCAUUCCCGAAUGGUAUCAGUCCGAGAACUCCACGGUAGCAGCAGAGACGCGUGCGCUGGUCUCCUGGAUGGAGAAGAUCCCGUUCGUCCUGGGUGGUAACCUCCAGGGAGGGGAGUUGGUGGUGACCUUCCCCUACGACAGGACCCGUUCCCAGGGUGUAUCCAGGGAGCAGACCCCCACCCCAGACGACCACGUCUUCCGCUGGCUCGCCUUCUCCUACGCAUCCACCCACCGCCUGAUGACCGACGCCAGACGACGAGUCUGCCACACCGAGGACUUUGCCAAGGAAGAUGGCACCAUCAACGGGGCGUCCUGGCACACCGCGGCAGGGAGUAUGAACGACUUCAGCUACUUGCACACCAACUGCUUUGAGCUGUCGAUGUACGUGGGAUGUGACAAGUUCCCCCAUGAGAGUGAGCUGGCGGAGGAGUGGGAAAACAACCGGGAGUCUCUGCUCGUCUUCAUGGAGCAGGUGCAUCGUGGGAUCAAAGGCAUUGUCUGGGACAUGCAGGGGCGGGGCAUAGCCAACGCCACCAUCCAAGUGGAAGGGAUCGGCCAUGACAUCAGAACAGCGGCGGACGGGGACUACUGGAGGCUGUUGAACCCAGGAGAGUACAGCAUCACGGCGAGGGCCGAGGGCUACAGCGCCAGCAGUAAGGUGUGUGAGGUGGGCUACGACAUCGGAGCGACUCGCUGUGACUUCACCGUCAGCCGCACCAACCUGUCACGCAUCAAGGAGAUCAUGGAGAGAUACAACAAGCAGCCCAUCAGACAGCCUCUCAGGCCGCCCGUCAGGCAGCUGCAAGCGCGCAGGCCCGGCCCCCGACACAGACGUGUGAGGACAUCAUAGGGGGCCCCCCACCAGGGAGCGUUAGGGAGAACGAGUAGCCUGGUCCCGCACCUGAAUGCGCUGUCUUGCCAACACCUGUGGUCAUUGUUCUGCCAAUCUGCCAAUGACCAGAGGGCUUUACAGCACAAACUGAUCUGGGACAAGGCUCGGUGUGAAGAGAGCAAUGAGAGACAGACUCUACCAUCUCUCUCUCUAGUUCCGAUCCAACAUCUUCUUUGAUCUCCUUUCUCUGUUUUGGAACUCUGUUUCAUCCAGAGUGUUGGUGGAAGUGCAGAUGGGAGAUGGAUGGUAAAAAGAUGAGAUAUUUGAGUGAUUGUGUUUUUCUGUAUUUAAAAACAAGGUGCUGUUCUUUCAACCAUGAAUUAAGCUCUCUGGUGCUGGUCUUACUGUAAAAUAAGUGUCUUUUUUUUUUUUGGGGCGGCCAUCUUAAAAAGUUGCAAUGACUUCUCUACCAAAGAGUUAUUACAGUAUACAUGGUUAACCCGAAAUGUCAAUUUUUUUUACUUUGUGCCAUUAUUUGGUAAUGAAAGUGUCAGUCUAUAUUUCAAAUGAUGAAUUUUGACCAUGGAUAUUACCAUGUGUCUCUCUACUAACUCAUGCAGUACCAGUACAGUACCAGUACAGUACCAGUACCAGUACCAGUAUAGUACCAGUACAGUACCAGUACCAGUACAGUACCAGUAUAGUACCAGUACCAGUACAGUACCAGUACCAGUACCAGUACAGUACAGUACAGUACAGUACCAGUACAAGUACCAGUACCAGUACAGUACCAGUACAGUACAGUACCAGUAUAGUACCAGUACCACUACCACUACCACUACCAGUACAAAGCAGUAAUAACUAUCUUACCGAAAUGUUUACAAGCUUCAUCCUUGCAAGUAAUAUCUUCUGAAAUUGUUCUUUGGAAUAAAUAAAUAAAAUGAUGCAUAUA